CUUGCUCUUCUUUUGCAUGACACCUCUGCAUGAGGUCAAGGACCACUCUCUCGAAGCAGUAUAUAAGCACAGACCGAUGGAGUUGCAAGCGCAGUUCUAGUGUUUCCUUCUCCAACGCAAGCACUCUUCUGGAUGAUGGCACUCUUGCUGGUUACCGUCUUGGCCACAAUCGUGGCAAUAUGCCAGGCAGAUGGUGCUAAAGGCGGAUUCGGCGGGGGUGGAUUUGGAGGAGGCGGAUUUGGAGGGGGUGGAUUUGGAGGUGGCAGAUCUUACGGUGCACCUGGAUUAGGACAUGGAGGUGGCUCCUUUGGAGGCGGCUCCUUUGGUGGUGGUCACGGAGGUGGCUCCUUCGGAGGCGGCUCCUUUGGUAGUGGUCACGGAGGAGGAUUUGGAGGUGGAUCCUUUGGAGGUGGUCAUGGAGGCGGCUUAGGUGGGGUAUCCAUCGUUAGGCCGUCAUAUGGAAGUGGUGGUUUUGGAGGUGGGUCUUUUGGAGGUGGUCACGGAGGUGGAUUUGGAGGUGGAUCCUUUGGAGGUGGUCAUGGAGGAAGCUUUGGAGGGGGAUCCAUCGUUAGGCCAUCAUAUGGAAGUCGUGGUUUUGGAGGCGGAUCUUUUGGAGGUGGUCAUGGAGGAUUUGGAGGUGGAUCUUUUGGAGGCGUUCAUGGAGGAAGGUUUGGAGGGGGAUCCUUCGGUAGGCGAUCAUACGGAAGUGGUGGUUUUGGAGGUGGCUCUUUCGGUGGCGGUCACGGAGGAGGAUUUGGAGGAGGCCAUGGUGGUUCCUUCGGAGGUGGAUUCUCCAGCGGUCGUCGUUACGGAUAAUAAAUAUUAUCAAUUGUGAAGUAUAAAUUAAAUAACUGGAAUUCUA